CUUUUUGAUCUGCUGUCAUCUGUCAUUAAAAUGAAAAUCACAAUUUGAGGUUACAUUUUUAAAAGACGGUAAAAAAAAACAAAACAAAAAAACAUACAUUUUCUGGGAAAUCUGUCUUGCUGCAUGUAAAAUCUAAGAAAUACGUUUAGAAAUUAGGAUAAAAAAGUUAUUUGCUUUUCAUAAUGACUGAUCAACAAGUAAUCAAAAUUGAGUCUGAUGAUGAAAACGACAAUGCAAAUGAAAAUAAUGGGACUAAUGAUGAAGUUGUAAUGACUGUUCAGUAUACCAAUGAACAGAGAAUAGUCUCAGCUGUUUGGAUGCAUGAAAAACGGUUCAACAAGCAGUCACUGGAAGAUAUUAGAAAGAAUUUUCAAAUUAGGUUCAAAAUACCUGCUCCUAACACAAAAACUUUAGAACAGUGGGAGGAGCAGUUAUUCUCCAAAGGGAAAAUUGUUACUGACGAGAAGGGAGAAGUUAUAGGUGACAAUGAAAACAGUAUUGAUCAAUUAUCUGAUGAAAAUUCAAGUGAUGAAGAUGUCUCUGAUUAAAAUGACUGAUGUUUCUAAUAUUCCAUUAAGCUAAUUUAAGUAAAAAUCUUUAUUAGUUUUAAUUUCUUAGCUAUUAUUUGUAUGCAGUGGCCCUAGACCAAAUGUCCCAUAAAAUUAUUGUCAUGUUUUUUUAUUUAUUAUAUGCCCCACAUUUUAAAUUAAAUUACAUAUUUAUAGCUAAA